AUGAUUCAAUCCCCAGCCACGAAAGCGCCAGCCAGGAUCAUUUUCGAUGUCGUGGCAUUCGCAUUCGUCCAUGUCGUUCACCCAACCGAAAAGGCAAGGCUGUCGUCGCGCAUCGUCGCGCGCCGUCUCCUCUUCCGAUUUCGCUCGAGUUUGUCUCAACUCGUGCACUCUUCGUACAUGAUGUUCCUCGAUGCCUCCCGUGACUUCGCAACCGCCAUCUCGCUCGUGGUCGCGCGACACACCCACCCACCAUACGCCCCUUUCAACGGCGUCGCGCGCUAG